GCGGACGUGACGUAUGCGCGAGACACCCGCCCCGCCGGCGGCCGGCUCCGGAGACCCAGCUCCACUUCCGGUGCGCAGCAAGGCAAGUCGCCGGGCGCGACCGCUCUGUUAGAAAGUCUCUACUGCCGCGGCGGACUUGGCCUGCGUUGCGGUUUUCUAAGCUGCCCCGGGACAGUCAUGACUAGAUGGGCUCGUAAAAGUGCUGCUCACAGCGAAAAAGCGCUGAAUGCAACACCUUGGGAAGAAAUGGUGAAUGGAUCCUCUAGGGAUACAGCAAAGGGUAAAGAGAAGAACAACUCCAAUCCUCUUUCUUUAAAGAAAGAGCAAGAGAAGAAGAAAAAGAAGAAUAAAAGGAAAAAAGACUAUCUGAAUGAAGAUGUUAAUGGAUUUAUGGAAUACUUAAAACAGGCUUCACAGGCUGCGCAUAAGGGGGAGGUGGUAGAAGCAGACAGCACUGAGGUGAGGGAAGAAGUAGCACUAGCCUUGAAGAAGGACAGGCGUCGGGAGGGAAGAAGACUGAAGAGGCAAGAAGCAAAGAAAAAUGCCAUGGUGUGUUUCCACUGUAGAGAACCUGGCCAUGGGAUUGCUGAUUGCCCAGCUGUACUUGAAAGUCAAGAUAUGGGUACAGGAAUCUGUUACCGAUGUGGAUCCACAGAACAUGAAAUCACCAAAUGCAAAGCAAAAAUAGAUCCAGCUGUUGGGGCAUUUCCAUAUGCAAAAUGUUUUAUCUGUGGUGAGAUGGGGCAUCUGUCAAGGUCGUGUCCAGAUAAUCCCAAAGGAUUAUAUGCUGAAGGUGGCUGCUGCAAACUUUGUGGCUCUGUGGAGCAUUUCAGGAAAGACUGUCCAGAAAAUCAGAACUCAGAUCAUGUUACCGUUGGGCGAUGGGCCAGUGGAAUGAGUGCAGAUUAUGAAGAAAUUAUAGAAACACCAAAGCUGCAAAAAACAAAAGUGAAAGAACAUAAAAUUGUUAAUUUUUGAAGAUCUCUUGGGCACCAAACUGCAGUAACUUUGCAUUGCUUCACUUCAGAGUAGUGACCGCUCAGGGUGGAUUGCUGGAUCCAGUAAAUUGACCAGACUGCUGCUGCUAAAUUUUCUUCUGUGUCUCUAAUUUUUCCACUUUGAUUCCAAAACUCACUCAGCUUACUGAAAAGCUGGGAGCAACAGAUACGCAGCAAGCAGGUAUUUUGUUUUUGUAUAUUUAUGCAGAAAUACAGCUUUCCCUCUGAAUUGUGCUCCUUCUCACUACUGGCCCUCCAAACAGGGAAAUCAGAUUCUUCUUAAAACAGGGAUCUGCUUACAGUAAACAAACAGGAUAUGUGCAGCUUAUCACAGGGGUUUAUGACGGUGGAUUUAGGUGGACAGUAGUGUUGCUUUAGAGUACUGCUUGCAUAUUGGAGAUGAAGGCAAUCAUGCUGAUUUUCUUAAAAGUCUUUUUACAUUUCUGUGAAAGGGAUCUUGGAUAUUUCCUAGACACUGCUGUUGGGUUCUAGGUUUUUUUUUUUUUUUCUUUUCCCUUCUGCUUUUAGAAAGGAUUUCUUGCUCUUGACCUGUAAGCUUGAGCAGUUUGGUAUCAAAGUUAUCAGAUAAAGCUGAUAUACAGGCUGUCAUACAGACUGUAUGACUUUUGCUUUUGUCGAGAGAGCUUGGGGGUAAAAUUCCUGCCCUUCAUGAUAUGUCAGCUCAGUACAUGAGCUGAUUAAUUGCAGUUAUAUACCUUGAGUCAGUUGAGUAUUUGCUCACUAAGAGGAGCACAAGCAUGCCCUUCCUCUGAUAACCAGUGAAACACAGCUGAAAAUAGUUGGAGAGCAAGUGAGCUGUUUGGUUGUUUCUCCUCCUUUCUUUAGGGAAAGAGCUCAAAAAUCUUGUUCUUCAGUAUUCCUAUCCCUUUGUGGGGGGUUGGGAGUAAACUUUGCUUUGUACUACCCAUACACAUCUGCUUAAUGGCAGAUUUAUUUAUUUUUAAAUGGAGACUGCAGACUGUAUUUGAAAAACUAAUUAAAUAUUACCAAAAUAAGUCAAGCCAA